AUGGCAGAGAAGGAGAAGCGCCGUUUGAGGCUGCAAGAAAACUCUAGAGCCACAAGCAAACUUUUUGACUUCGAUUACGUCAACGGGCUUCUAUUCAAAAAUGAGCCUCUUUAUAUUGACAGAGCCAAAUUCACGAACAGAAAACACCAGCCAUACCGUUAUUAUAAGGAUUUGUGCCGACUUCCCGAGAAAUUGGCUAUACUGAAGCCAACAAAAGUAACGAAAAAAGAGGUUGUGCUUCCGAGACGCCAGCGUACUAAACGUGACCCAUUGAGCGAUGACGUUUACCUACCUUUUCAUCGUAAAAUGAAGCGUGAUGAGAAAACCAUGACUGGAUCCGACAAAAAUCGUAUCGCUAACGAGGUAGACAACUUUAAAAUGCAAUUGAUGCUUUUGCAGCAGAAUACCUGGGCUCGCCAUUUGCCUAAGAUCACCUACAUUAACGAUAAGUCUAAUCCGGCUGAACUCCAGUGGAAGAGAUCGGCAACCUUUGCGGAACUUCAGCGGCUCGUACAGAAGUACGAGAAUUGGGAUCAGCGGAAUGAGCAGUGCAUGGCAGAUAUAAAGGAGUUCGAGAGCCGAAAAGACUCCAACAAGGCUGAUAGUGAGCCAGUAGAGGAGGAUGACAGCGAUGAGGCGAUCAUGGCGAACCAAUAUCUUCAGCAAGAGCGGGAGGAAGAAAGGCUCAGCAAAUUCGGGCCCUCUCUGCGUCUAGUUUUGCAUAACGGGUACGAUCUUGUAUUUGGACCGUUCAUACAUCCAAGGAUUGAGCCACUGGUGAGCUAA